GGCCUGUCAAUUUUUAUAGUGAAAUUCUUUUAUUUUUGCCAUGACUAAUAAUUUGUGAGUUGUGAAUAACUAAUAAACUGUACCAGUAAAAUUGUUCUAAUGAACUAAUGUGACUUCCAUCAUGAACGGGUUAAGUUUUAAUGAACUCUGUUGCUUGUUUUGUUGUCCGCCAUGUCCAGGUAAAAUUGCGGCUAAGCUUGCAUUUUUACCACCAGAACCCACGUAUGCAUUCGCACCCGAUGAAACAGGAUCGAAAUUUUCAUUGACUCUCACAGAACGAGCAGAAUGGCAGUACUCAGAACGAGAGAAAGAAAAUAUUGAAGGCUUCUACUCGAGAACAACGCGAGGCAACAGAAUAGCUUGCAUCUUUGUUCGCUGCAGCGCCAACGCUCGCUUUACGAUAUUGUUCUCUCACGGCAAUGCUGUAGAUCUGGGACAGAUGAGUAGUUUCUAUUUAGGGUUAGGUACUAGGAUAAAUUGUAAUAUAUUCAGCUAUGACUACUCUGGUUAUGGUGUGAGUGGUGGGAAACCGUCAGAAAAGAAUCUUUAUGCGGAUAUUGACGCUGCAUGGCAGGCGUUACGAACGAGGUUCGGCAUCAGCCCAGAGAACAUAAUCCUGUAUGGGCAGAGCAUUGGGACAGUACCUACAGUGGACCUGGCGGCACGCUAUGAAGUUGGCGCCGUGGUACUGCACUCGCCACUCAUGUCUGGCAUGAGAGUUGCAUUCCCCAAUACCAAGAGAACAUGGUUCUUUGAUGCUUUUCCCAGCAUUGACAAAAUUCCAAAGGUGACCUCUCCAGUCCUUGUAAUCCAUGGCACUGAAGAUGAGGUGAUCGACUUCUCCCAUGGGCUUGCCAUUUACGAGCGCUGUCCACGUGCCGUGGAGCCCCUUUGGGUUGAGGGCGCGGGGCACAAUGACGUCGAACUCUUCAAUCAAUAUUUGGAGAGGUUGAAACGUUUUGUUUCAGUGGAAUUGCUCAACUGACAAAGACUGCCGGCCACAGGCCAGACAACUCAAGGAGACGACCAAAAUCCAGUAUCGACAUUGAGCUCCGGCACUUCCAGUUCAGCGACAGAGAGACUCCUCUAGCUAGCGGGGGCCGGGCCCAGUCGGGCCGGCCCCAACAAAAAUUCGGCUAACGCGAAUAGCGCUACCAGCCCCCAUAUUCAUAGAGACAAAACCAAAACUUCCGACAAUACAGAGGAUCGCUCCGGGGAGCCCAACAACCCCAUUGCGAUUUCCCACAACAUCAGCAUAAACGUGACAGACGCGGACUCGCCACACGGAGUGCGGCGCCGCAUUCACCUGCGAUCACUAAGCGACGUGACGCCGGCCAGUCGCGCCGCCACGCCGCGCGCGCGUUCGCACUCCGAAAGGCCGUGCGCCUCGCCCUCACCGUCGCCAUCGCCCAGCCAUACGCUAGCGCCGCGCCCCGAGCGCGCGGUGGUCAGCGCCCGCACGUCGCCCGCCGCCUCGCGCGAGCGCCUCAACCUCGCCGCGCCGGCCACAGGCCCCAGCACCCCCCGCCUGCGCCAUCGUACGCACACUGUCUCCGUGCUUGGGGACCCUUGGCGCAAGAUGAACGACCUCGACCUGGGUAGCGCUGCAACCCGGCCGCGACCCAAAGCCGGACAGGCGUCAUUGGAUGCCACUCGCACCUUCGACCCUUGGGUGAAGAAACCAGCGCUUCGUCCCGCUGCCGAUUUCGGCCACGAUCGGAUUGCGCCAAAAGACGAUACUAUUCGACCGGAAUCUGACGUGGAAAGUAAGCGCGACGGAACAUUUAGGCGGGGGAAACUGGAGAGAAAGCCGGCCGUGGUUUGUGAAACUUGUGGGAACGAAAGUUGCGAGUGCUGGCGUCCGCGUAGUCCCGGUUGCCCGAGAACGCCGCGUGCACAGCGGUCGUUGGGCGCGCCGGCGGCAGUCGGGACGACCGGCGCGAACACGCGUUGCACGUGCGAGCCGCGCUCACCGCGGCCAUCGCCAUCGCGUCUAGCCCCACGCCAGCCGGUGCGCGCUCUCUCCGACGACGAGGGCCACCCGCGUCGCCUUUAUAAGUCUGCUUCGCAAAAAAUGAUAUGUAUGACGAUAGAAACUGAGUGCGUGACGAAAACGGCAGAUCCCCUUCUAGAGACCACU